GGCCUGGGGCCGCGGGGAAGAUGAGCGCUGGCCUAGAGCAGAAGGAGCAGCAGGAGAGGCUGCGGGAGGCCGCGGCCUUGGGGGACAUUCGGGAGGUGCAGAAACUGGUGGAGAGCGGGGUGGAUGUGAACUCCCAAAAUGAGGUCAACGGCUGGACCUGUUUACACUGGGCCUGUAAACGCAAUCAUGGUCAGGUGGUCUCGUACUUGUUAAAGUCAGGAGCCGACAAAGACAUUCUUACCACAAAAGGAGAAAUGCCAGUCCAGUUAACAUCAAGGAGAGAAAUCAGAAAGAUAAUGGGAGUGGAAGAAGAUGAUGAUGGUGACAACCUCCCCCAGAUGAAGAAGGAGUCAGACCUGCCCUUUGUUCCCAACUAUUUGGCCAGUCCAGCUUUCCCUUUUAUCUACACCCCCGUGGCAGAGGAUUCGGCCCCGCUGCAGAAUGGGGGCCCCUCCACACCCCCUGCCUCACCCCCUGGAGACAGUUCCCCUGCAUUGCUCCCCCCUGGGGAACCUCCCGUGCUGGGGGCCUUUCCGAGGGACCACACCUCUUUGGCACUGGUUCAGAAUGGGGAUGUGUCUGCCCCCUCAGCUGUACUCAGAACACCAGAAAGCACAAAACCUGUGUGUCAGCCACCAGUGAGUCAGAGCCGAUCACUGUUCUCUUCUGUCCCGUCCAAGCCACCAGUGUCUCUGGAGCCUCAAAAUGGGACAUAUGCAGGACCAGCGCCAGCAUUCCAGCCGUUUUUCUUCACUGGAGCAUUUCCAUUUAAUAUGCAAGAGCUGGUACUCAAGGUGAGGAUUCAAAACCCAUCUCUUCGAGAAAACGACUUCAUUGAAAUUGAACUGGACCGACAGGAGCUCACCUACCAAGAAUUGCUCCGAGUGAGCUGCUGUGAGCUGGGUGUUAAUCCAGAUCAAGUGGAGAAGAUCAGAAAGUUGCCCAACACCCUGGUAAGAAAGGACAAAGAUGUUGCUCGACUCCAAGAUUUCCAAGAGCUGGAACUGGUUCUAACGAUAAGUGAAAAUAAUUUUCUGUUCAGAAAUGCUGCAUCCACUCUGACAGAAAGGCCUUGCUACAACAGGAGAGCUUCAAAACUGACUUACUAAUGCCGCAGGGACUUCUAUCACCGAGUAUUGUGACAGUGCGCGUCACCUCUGGGCCAAGGACAAGCCAUUGAUCUCAAUGCCUUGGAUGCUGGAGGGCCGCAGGUGCCACUGAGUAGAGCACACUGACAUUGUCCUGCCCAGGUAGGAAGCCCCUGACCCUCAAAGCAGUGGUGCCACUCUUCCAAGCCUCUUGGUGCACAAUAAACCUAUUGCUCAACGCUGUGAACAGUGGAGAAGUGGUCUGGAGAGGCAGAAGCGGCGGUUCUAUAUCCAGUGGGUUUGACGUGCAGCAUGUAAGAGAGCGCUCCGCAGAUGCUGAGAGAGAGGAGCCUAUUUCUAGCCACUCCUGUUGACAGUGCACCUGAAGGGCCAGGAUGCGCUCGGCGUGGCGUUGCAUGCUCACAACUGUCCUGAAAUGUGAACUGACUCGAGGAAAACAGGUGCUGGACAGAUGGGUUUUAGUGUGGCUGGUGGCUAUGAGGUUCCAUAUAACAUAUUUAUAAAUGUUACUCAGGUGAAAAGUAUUUAAGAACACAGUUACCUAAUUGUAAAUAUGCUGUUAACCAAAAGAGCUUCCCCUCCCCCACUUUUCCCUUUGUAAACACUCAUGCCUCCUUCUCUGUCUCCAGUCUGCCAUUGCCAAUCCCUAGACAAGCACCUCUGCAUUCACUUCCCUUUGUGGUCACUAGAGGGCUCUCUGAUGCCUUCCAAAAGAGCAACCGCCUUUUUUUUGUUGUUUUGUUUUAACUGAAGUGAUUCCUGCCAUCUCCGUGUUUAACUGCACCAUAUGAGAAGAGCACAAACAUUGCCUGUCCAUGUUCUCUACUUUCAUUUUCCACUAGAAAUGAAAAGCAAUUUUUUGAGACUGAAUCUGUUGCUGUUUUAAAGGUUAUUGUAGGAAAAUGAGCUAAAGGAGUUAGCAUAUUUAUUUUUGUAUAAAAGAUAAAGAUUAUUUUGAAAUUAUUAGGAUUUUUACACAAUUCUGAAAUCUGUUGCUUUUGUAAACAAGUUGUUUUAUCUUAGGGAUCCCCUAUAACCCCCACAAAUCCAAUACCCCCCAAAAAGGCAAUUGUAAGUCUACCAGGCUUUGUUCUGAAAAAACAAAAAAAACACCCCACAAACACACACCUGAUUAAACUCUUGAACAUGGCAUAAUAAUUUUUAGAAGAAUGCAUUCAAGGAUUCUUUUCCUUUCCUUCAGUGUCAAUGUGAACAGAAAAGCCACUGUCUGUGGAAGCAAACAGCUUAGCCUCAGAAAUGAGAAGGAGCACAUAGACAGGAGAGCAGGGGUUUGACGCCAGCUGUGGAGGGCACCCCUGCUGUCCUGAGCAGCUUUCUCCCCAUAGUGCCUAUAGUUUCCAAAGAAACUUCACUCCCUAACUGUGUUAAUUUUAUUCGAUGGAGAGAGGAUGUGCAGAUGUCAGUGGAAGAGAAUGCGGUGCUAAGAGACGGCCUCCUGCUGCUGCCCAGUGCUGAGCUGAGGUGGAGGUGUUUGCAAGGCCAGCUUCACGGCGUCACUGUUCAGUGACCUAAUGUAUUUCAGCACUUACUGAUGGCGACUUACCCUUGUACAGUGUUUGCAUGGCAGAAUAAAGGUUACUUAUUACUCCCUCUCUCUGAGGUACUUUAAAGAAGAAACCUCCCUUGUGUUUCAACCAAUCAGAAGCUAGUUUAUCUAGACAUACUAACCUUUCUCCCCCUUUCCUUUAAGAGAAGUUUAAUGAUAAGAUUAGUUCUGUCCUGAAAGAAAUAAAUUCAGUAUUAAUUCAUGUCUAAAUCACUGGGGUUAAAAUUCCAGCCAUCCAGAUCGGUUCGAGAUUCAGAAGCAGUGGGGGCCCCGGCUGGGGGGUGGCCUACAGAGGGAGCCAGGGGCUGCGUCUCAGGUGAGAGGUGGGCCCUACACCGGUCUCUUCUAUAACGUCCUCUGUGGUCCAGUGACCUCUGUGUAUGGCCGUAGAAGAAGACUGCACAGUUGCUGGUAGGUGAGUCUAAAGUCUUAAUCUAUGCAUUCAGAGAACUAUUUUUAUAUGCUUCGUGUAAUUUAUAACGAAGGGUUUUCUUUUUAGCUCUGUUACUGUGAAUCCCCCCGCCUCCACUGCAUAUUUACAGCAUGUGUUCAUACUGUGGGCAAACAUUCACUGAAGAUAAUUUUCUUUGUGCAUUGCUGACUGUUCAAAUAUAACAAGUAUUAUUAAAAUUAAAUAUUAACUGACCGA